CAAUGGGCGGCGCGGGCAGCGCGGCGCUGAGGCGGAGCGGGCCAAUGGGCGGUGGCUGAGGGGGCGUGGCCGGCGCGCGCGGCCGCCAUGGGGCUGCUGACGAUCCUGAAGAAAAUGCGCGAGAAGGAGCGAGAACUGCGGCUGCUCGUGCUGGGAUUGGACAAUGCCGGGAAGACGACGCUGCUGAAGCGGCUGAACGGGGAGGACGUGGGGGGCACCUCCCCCACCCUGGGCUUCAACAUCAAAACCCUCGAGCACCGCGGGUUCCAGCUGCACGUGUGGGACGUGGGUGGGCAGAGCUCUCUCCGCUCCUACUGGCGCAAUUACUUCGAGAGCACGGACGGGCUGCUCUGGGUGGUGGACAGCAGUGACCGGCAGCGGCUGCGGCUCUGCGCCCGCGAGCUGAGCGCCCUGCUCAGAGAGGAGCGCCUGGCCGGGGCCACCCUGCUCGUGUUCGCCAACAAACAGGACCUGCCCGGGGCGCUGCCGGUCGGGGACAUCCGGGAGGCCCUGGAGCUGGACUCCAUCCGCAGCCACCACUGGCGCAUCCAGGGCUGCUCGGCCUUCACCGGCCGGGACCUCCUGCCCGGCCUGGACUGGCUGCUGGACGACAUCGGGGCGCGCCUGUGCCCCCCGGACUGAGCCCCGGGGACACCGAGGGGACACCGAGGGACACCGGAGUGACACCGGAGUGACACCGGACUGAGCCCCGGGGACACUGAGGGGACACCGAGGGACACCGGGGGACACCAGAGUGACACCGGAGUGACACCGGAGUGACCCCGGACUGAGCCCUGGGGACACCGAGGGGACACCGAGGGGACACCGGGGGACAUCGGA